AUGAGAUGCCUGGCACCGGAUGGAACCAAAGUGAUUGACAUUCAUGGAGACCAAGUUGCAGCAAAAGAAUAUUACUCUGUAACGAUGAAAUAUGCCGGAAAGGGGAAAGCUCCCAUUCGUUCAAUCGAUCAGUUCCGACCAGAACGGACAACCAGAGUAGGGGAGCGACUCAUUGAGGAAGAAAAGCAGGAAUUAGUUGAUCUUUUGUCUCAAAAUGCAAAUGUGUUCGCAUGGAGUCACCUAGACAUGCCAGGGAUCGAUCCUUUAGUAUCCUGUCACUCCUUGAACGUUAACCCCAGUGCAAAACCUAUAAAGCAGAAGCAGCGACGGUUUACCCCCGAGCGCAACCGAAUUAUUGCCGAGGAAGUUGAUAAGCUGCUUGAUGCGGGCUUCCCGCUGCCAAAGAUUGAUCAGAUGGUGGAUGCAACUACUGGAUAUGAACGCUUGACCUUUUUAGAUGCUUAUUCGGGUUAUAAUCAGAUCCCCAUGGACCCCGCUGAUAAAGAAAAAACUUCUUUCGUUACUGAACGCGGGACGUAUUGCUACAAAGUUAUGCCGUUCGGACUAAAGAACGCCGGGGCAACUUACCAAAGACUUAUCAGCAAGAUUUUUAAGGAACAAAUAGGGAAGACAGUGGAGGCCUACAUUGAUGAUAUGGUGGUCAAAAGUAAGAAGAAAGCUGAUCAUGUGCAGCAUCUUCGAGACGUGUUUGAUGUUUUGCGGCGAUAUGGAAUGAAGCUCAAUCCGACCAAGUGCUUGUUCAGUGUAAGUUCAGGCCAAUUCCUAGGGCACGUGGUUAAUCUCAGAGGCAUCGAGGCAAGCCCUGCCCAAGCAGAUGCUCUGACUAAGAAUGUCGAGCCGACGACAAUCAAAGAAAACCUUCCGGUACUGUCAGCUCCAGAAUCAGGCGAAAAGUUAUUUUUGUAUCUCGGAGUGUCCAGCAUUGCGACAAGUGGCGUUCUGGUCCGCUACGCAAAAGGGAAGCAAUAUCCAGUGUUCUAUAUUAGCAAGACAAUGACUGAAGCUGAAAGACGUUAUUCAAAGGCAGAGCGGGUGAUACUCUCGCUAGUGUAUGCGAAAAGAAAGCUCAGGCAUUAUUUUGAAUCCCAUCAUAUUAUCGUUCUAACCACUUUUCCUAUCAGAAUAAUCCUGCACAAACCGGAUCUCUCCGAAAGAAUGACGAAGUGGGCUAUAGAGUUAAGCUCAUUUGAUAUCACAUACGAACCUAGAACAGCAGUCAAAGGGCAGGCGGUGGCAGAUUUUUUACUAGAAUGUGAUUCAGAGGACGUGGAGGAGGAUCUUUGUAAGUGCUUAUGGAAACUCUUCGUUGAUGGAUCCUCAAACCAGAUGGGUGCAGGUAUUGGGAUCAAACUGCAGACGCCAGAAGGUACAGCCUUAAGCCAAGCGCUUCAGCUUGAAUUCGCAGCCACGAACAAUGAGGCAGAAUAUGAAGCGUUACUGGCAGGAAUAAAGCUUGCCAAAGAACUUAAGGUCAGGAAUUUGAAUAUUUUCAGUGACUCACAGUUAGUCGUUCGGCAGGUGAGGGGUGAGUAUGAAACCAAGGAUGAAACGAUGGAAGCAUAUCGUUCUGCUGUUAUGCGGGAGGCGGAGAACUUUGAAAAAAUUGAAUUCAUUCAAAUUCCGAGGGAGUGUAACGAGGAUGCCGACAGGCUAGCAUGUAGCGCCUCGGGUUCUGGAGAAACAUUGGUAAGGGUGGUUCCAGUGGGAAUAUUAAAUCAGCCAUCCAUUUUCGAAGAACCUUCAGGCUCGGAUCCUUGGUAA